UCUCUCUCUCACACACACACACACACACACACAUCUAGGAUUAAUGUUCCGUGUGGAGUCUGGCAACGUAACGCUUCAAUGUAUGACUCGAGUCAGCGCGGGUUAGUCUCACGUGACAAUAAAGGCCAUUGAAUAUAAGUACGUCCCCUGGAGAUUUUAUAUUACACCUCAUCUUUAAUUCACGUAUCCUCCUACACACUAAAGAAUGGUAUAAAUAUUUCCCGCACUGUCAGACCGUGGACAUUUGGCUCAGCUGCGUGAACAAUACUCCAAACAACGAACCUUCGAACUGAGACACUGAACCUGUAACUCUCAGCCGCCUUAGUCCUGCUCGCCUCGCCACUGCCGCGUGGUUACGUCAAGACAGCGGGCGGCCGCGUACUAGUUUCCUUAGUACUUGUGCGUACGUGUCAAUACCGUGUGCUGUAAACUGCUGAACGAACUGAGAUACUCAUUCAGUUUUGGUCGCCUCUCCAUUAUCUCGUGGUGACGUAAAGGUGACGGCCCGUGUGUUAGUUUCCCCGGUAAUUGUGCCUCCGUAACAUUACUGUGUGCAGUGGUCGUGAGAACUGCGAGGCGGCGGUGCAGACUGUGCCGUGGAGAGCCGCGGGGUGUUGGAAUCGCCUCUCAGUCACCUUGAAGGCGUCAUAUUCCCUCCCUGCUCUUCCCCGUGUCUUCCUGUCGAUGUUGGCCAGACAUUUGUGGGCAAACUGCUGGCAAAGACUGCUGAGGGACACUUUGAGGUUAUCCAGAGGCUGUGUGUACCAGAUGAGGCCGUGUCAAUGCUCACCUUUGAGAACGUCAUAUUUGAGGCGCCAGACGUGAGACAGCAACUCAUAGCCAAGGUUGCUGUCGUCUCCGCUAGCUGGACUGGUGGUGUAUCCCUCACAUCUGGUCAUCAAGGAGUACCCCAUGGUCAAGUCCUUGCACACCGAUCUGUUCUGAUGGAAGCAGUUGGAGGGUGUGGAGGAUGUGCACAAGGAUGGCCAAGGAAAUCCUUCUCAAAUACCCAGAGAUCCUCCAUGCCGCCCACCCCUUCUUCCUCUCCCUCAAGUUUGUGGGUGCUGGUGGCUCUCUCCUGGAUGGAGCAGUUUUUGUGGAUCUAUUUACCCAAGAACAACUUGUCAACAAUUCCUGUAGAUGUCGUCAUCAGUGAGGUCAGUGUUAGAUACCAACUUGCUGCUCAGGUGUCUGUUGUACCUGCUGGCUGGCAUCUCCACUUUGUCUCUCCUGGUAACCAAGUCUGCUUGGUGGUGUAUCCUGAAAAUUUGAAGAUCCAGGAGAACUCUGUCACCAAGAACCUGCAAAUGAAUGUCAUUGGGUGGCUGAUGGCAGCUCCUCAAGUGAACCCAGAGAUCACUGGGCUAAUAAAGUACAGUAUGAUGGGUGCCUUGGAGAAGCUGUGCCUUGAGUUGAAGGCUGCAGUCACCUUCAGAAAAGAGCAAAGCUGCAACAAGUCAUCCAAGUACUUUGUCAAGAAGGUUUUAUGUUGAAGGCAACCUCCUGCACUGCUCUCAGGAGAACAGUGGGACUCAUGGAUGCCUCCAAGACCCACAGAGGAUUGGAAGGCAUAAAUUCAAUCUUGGAUAACUAUUGACAUUUAAAACUGGUGACUCCACUUGUCAGAUUGUAGGUGGGAAAGUUUAAAGGGUUGAUUGAUGGGAACAUUGUUGAUCUUAAUUUUUUUUUGGUAAAGUACUGUAAAUCACAUGCAUGUGAAGUUUCAAAUGGAUGAAAUAGCAUGAAUGGUAUUGUAGUUGAAUUGUUCUUUGUAGCUGGAAAAAAAAUUAGGGUUGAUUAAUGGGGAAACUAUUGUUCAAAAUCCUUUUAUUGUAAACUAGAUCAUGUACAUAGUUGUGAAUUUUUUUUUUGGAAUGAAAUAGCAUGAAUGAUAUUGUAGUUGUUUGUGUUGUACUAUGGGUAAACCAUUGGAAAAAAUGUAGUAGUUGUGAACAAAAUUGGAUUAACUAAACAUCCCUGAGGUUGUAGUUGCGAAAUUUUGGUGUAAAUUAAUGUAAACAAUGAAAUAGUUACUUAAUCAUUAAAGUUUUAAUCUUAUAUUAGGAGUCAUUGGAAAUUAGCUAAAAUAAACACCCUUAUAUCAUCUUAACCCUAUAAUGACUAACCAACUUUCCUCUCAAAUCAUGGCAUAGUUUUAACACAAGUAAACAGUGCACAGCUUUGCCAAAUGUUCUCAUAAAUCUGUGUUGGAAAUAUAGUCUUCAUCAAGCAUUAUUGUUGUGUGAGUUAUCAUUGCUGUCAUGUGUUGUUUUAAGGAGACACUGAUUUUGCAGUUUUUUUUUUUUUUUUUUUUU